UUUCUCUCCACUGUCUUUGCUGAUAUAAAAUUUUGUCUCAAACAGCUUUUGAAUAUUCAAACUUUCUCUCUCUAAGUUGCAAUAGUUACUAUUCGAAUCCUUCAAAAAUACUAAAAAAAAAAGAAGGUAGUAAAGCCCUUUUUGAAUAAAACCCACAAUAUUUUUCUUUUGCUGGAAGCCUACUUUUUAUUUUUUGGCCACGAAAAAUUUUCUUGUCAGAUUUUCUUGGGAGAUUCUUGUCAAAAGUUUGGAUUUUUCUUGGUGGGUUUUGGUCUUUGGGUUGAAAGAUUGAAAGGUUCUUUGAGUAAAAGAAGGAAUUGCAUGGAGAUCAAAGAAGAUGAUCAUGAAGAUGUGAAGGGCUUUUAGAGAAGGUGGUUCUUUGAUUUUUGACCCUUUGAUGAGCUUUUUGUUAUUGGGUUUUGAUUAGGGUUUUUGUUGUUUUUAUUGGGUUUAGCUGUUGAAAGGGUUCUUUGGCUUGAAUUUCUGGGAAAAAGAAAUUAAAGCUUCGUGUUCUUAAGGACAAGGAGGUGAUUUACUUAGUCUUUCUGGUUGAAGACUUGACAAGGAUAUUUAAGAGAAAUUAUAAACAAACAAAGCAUUAUGGUUGCAAAGGGACGCCAUAAUGCCACUGACUCUCCAAAAGUGGAAGUGGGAGAGAUAGACACUAGUGCACCUUUUCAAUCUGUUAAAGAUGCUGUCACUCUUUUUGGUGAGGGUGCUUUCUCAGGGGAAAAACCUGCCAUAAGAAAGGCAAAACCUCAUUCUGCAGAGAGAGUAUUGGCCAAGGAGACACAGCUUCACCUGGCACAAAAAGAGUUGAACAGGUUAAAGGAGCAACUAGAAAAUGCCGAGACAACCAAGGCUCAAGCACUUGUAGAGCUUGAAAGGGCUAAAAGAAUGGUUAAAGAUUUAACUGACAAACUCAAAACUGUUAAUGAAUCAAAAGAUUCUGCAAUCAAGGCUACAGAAGCUGCAAAGAAUCAGGCAAAGCUGAUUGAAGAAGCAAAUUCUAGUAGUCUCCCUGGACCUGAUGGUGCUAGGAACCAUGACUUGGAAACUUCAAGGGAACAAUACAUGACUGUGAUUACUGAACUUGAUGCUGCAAAACAAGAAUUGAGGAAGGUUCAUCAGGAUUGUGAUGCAUCCUUAGAAGCCAAAAUUGCUGCCUUUAACCAAACAGAAGAAGCUGAACAUGCAGCCAAGGUUAACAUGGAGAAAGUUGGGGAGCUCUCUCGGGAGAUUUCAGCUGUACAGGAAUCAAUCGGACAAGUGAAGCUUGCAUCUCUUGAAGCACAGCAAGAACAAGCUAAAAUGUUUGCUGAAAAGGAUACUCAGAGGCAAUUAUAUAAAGCUUCCCUGGAAGAGUCGACAAAGAAAUUGCUUGCUUUAAAGAAUGAAUUUGACCCUGAGCUUACACGAAAUCUUGAAGCACAACUCUCUGAAACGGUCAAUCAGAUUGGGGCUUUGCAGAAGCAGAUGGAAAAUGCAAAGGCUUCUGAUCUGGAGUCUGUGCAAACUGUUACUUCAGAGCUAGAUGGUGCUAAAGAGUCGCUGCAAAAAGUUGCUGAAGAGGAAAACUCCUUGAGAAGUUUGGCGGAGUCUCUUAAGAUGGAGCUAGAGAAUGUGAAGGAAGAGCAUUCUGAACUGAAGGAGAAGGAAGCAGCAACAGAGUCCAUUGCUGGGAAUCUGCAUGUCAAGCUUCGAAAAACUAAAGCUGAGCUUGAAGCUUUCCUUACAGAGGAAUCCAAAACAAGAGGUGCCUGUGAAGAAAUGAUUUCAACCCUCCAACAGCUAUUGGUGGAAGCAGAAAAUGCACGGCGAGAAGCAGAAGAGAUGAAGAAGGAAGCUGAGGAGUUAAGGUUGGAAGCUGAAGCCUCAAGAAUUGCACUUGAGGAAGCAGAACAGCAGCUGAGAGUUGCUCUGGAAGAAGCUGAAGCUGCAAAAGAAGCUGAGACCAAGGCGCUUGAUCAGAUAAAGAUGCUUUCUGAGAGAACUAAUGCAGCACGUGCCUCAACCUCUGAAUCUGGAGCCAAUAUCACUAUCUCCAGGGAAGAGCUUGAGUCUUUGAGCCGUAAAGUUGAAGAGUCUGAUAAUUUAGCUGAGAUGAAAGUGGCAGCUGCCAUGGCUCAGGUGGAAGCUGUGAAGGCUAGUGAAAAUGAGGCCCUCAAGAGGUUAGAGGCAACUCAGAAAGAGAUUGAAGACAUGAAGGUUGCUACUGCAGAUGCUUUGAAGAGGGCAGAGAUGGCUGAGGCAGCCAAGAGGGCAGUGGAGGGAGAACUUCGAAGGUGGCGCGAUAGGGAACAGAAGAAAGCAGCUGAAGCUGCAUCUCGGAUUCUGGCAGAAGCACAGAUGUCAGCAGAAUCAUCCCCACAGCACUACAGAAUUCAGAAGCAGAACCCGCCGGAGAAAAUUGUUCAGAUACGAAAGUUGGAAAAAGAAAAGUCUUCUGUCUCAAAGAAGGUACUUUUACCUAAUAUCAGCGGGAUCUUCAAUCGAAAAAAGAACCAAAUUGAGGGUGGAUCUCCCUCUUAUCUGCCUGGUGAGAAGGCUCUGUGACAUUGCAUUUGCCAGAUCUUUGUACAUUUAUCAAUGGUUGAGAGAAACAUGUUUGGUUGUGUGUACAUCUGAGAACAAAUCUCUGUUAUUCUUGUCUGUUUGAGGAAUUUAAAGUGGAAUAUCUAAGGCCUAGUUUGCAAGCAACGUGGGGAAACUGACAUCUGUGUGUAAGACUUGCAUAUCAAUCGAUGACUUAGCAAUGGAAAUGAAUGCUCGUGUAUUAGGUGCCAAUAGCUCAUCGAGGGCAAUGUGACAGCAAUGAUGUAGAUGAAGCUUUGGCAGUAAGCAAAUUUAGCCUUGAUGGCAUUGGUCACUAAACAGCUGGCCAUUGUGUUUCAUUGUGUCCUUGAGAUCAAUCAAAUGCAUCCAAUCCUCCAUGAUGUUAGUGUAAACCUUGUGAACAUGUUAAGUUGGUGUCCAACUUUAAGAAUGAAAGCAUUCUCCCUGUGAGAUCAAUGUAACAAAUCAAUCAUUUUGCUUCAACGUAAGCUGUUGGUGGAUGAGAAUUCAGUGUUGGGUUUGGUGGUUAA